CCUGACUUGUGGUUUGUGUAGUCAUGGCUUGUAAAAGAGACAUGAGCUUCCUCUUGGGCAAUUUCAGCAUUGCAACUGAUUUCUGUAAGAGUUUCCUCUCUGCUUUGCAAGGUGUAUGGAGCUGACGGGACAAGUGUGGCUAUUCUUCAGAAUUCCUUGCUGCCAGUAUAGUUUUAGCUGAUAAGAAACAAUAUUCACUUGGCAUAAUAAAGGAAGUUCACAGGCUUUCCCAUUGAACUUUGAAACCAUUCAUGGAAGCUGAUGGCAAUAUUCUUGUUCCUUUGCGUCAGAAGGCAAAAAAGAAAAGUCAAGGGUUCUUUAUAAUGAGCCGACGGAGGAUAUCCUGCAAAGAGCUGGGGCAAGCUGAUUGCCAAGGAUGGCUCUACAAAAAGAAGGAAAAAGGAGCUUUCAUUGGCAACAAAUGGAAAAAGUUCUGGUGUGUGCUAAAGGAGUCAUCGCUGUAUUGGUACAGCAGUCAGCUGGCUGAAAAAGCAGAAGGAUUUAUAAGACUUCCAGACUUCAGUGUGGAUCGAGCAAUUGAAUGCAAAAAAAAGCAUGCUAUUAAGAUCAGCCACCCACAGAUCAAGACAUUUUAUUUUGCAGCAGAAAAUGUUCUGGAAAUGAACACGUGGCUAAGUAAACUGGGAAUGGCUGUAGACCCUCAGGCACCAAACAGGAGGAAUGAGGAAGAAUGCUACAGUGAAAGCGAACACGACGAUCCAGAAAUAACAGACACGCCACCUCCACCCUACACAUCCCAGACACCACCUCCUCCUUCGGAUCAGCAGAAAUCAUCAUUCACCUCAACUCUGUCAAGUGAAGCAUCUUGUUCUCUCUCCUCCCCUGAAAGCACUUUCAACUCUCAAGAAUCAUCGUCUUCCCUGACAUCCAAAGUGGUUUAUUCCGAGAGGCAGUCCUGGCUUGACCUGGUUACCAGCUCAGCCACAGAAGAGGCUGAUCAGCCUUUAACCUUCUGCGUACAGAUCCAUUCUGAUGAGCCGCCAGAAGUGGUCUGUGGAGAGGCAGCAGAAAGCCAGGAAGUCUUGCUUUCCGAACCCAGUGGUGGACCCCAAACCUCUUACCUAAGUGCAGAUACACAUUGUCUAGCUGUGCCAGAUGCAGCAGGACAGCGAUCACUAGCCAAAGACCAGGAAAAAUGUGAUGAUGAUGAUGAGAUGGAGCGACUUUACAAGUCACUGGAGCAAGCAAGCCUGUCUCCCAUUGGUGAUCGUCGGCUGUCCACUAAGAAGGAGCUUAGGAAGUCAUUUAUCAAGCGCAGCAAAAACCCCUCCAUUAAUGAGAAACUCCACAAAAUUCGAAUGCUGAACAGUACAUUAAAGUGUAAGGAACAUGACCUGGCCACAAUUAACCAGUUGCUAGAGGACCCAAAGUUGACAGCGGUGAAGUACAGAGAGUGGAGGAGCACAAACAUCAUGCUGGUCCAGGAUAUUUAUCAGCAGCAGGAGGUCCAGGACAUGUCCACAGAGAAUAGUGAGGACCAAGAGAUGACUUCACAACCAAUCACUGAAAGUGCUAUUUGAUCAAUGGCUCAUGGCAAGACGUGUCCAUGGCUCUUCAUGUACAAGCAAUUUAAGCUGCUGAAUCUUGAGGUUUGUUUUUCGCAAGUGUGCUUCAAAGGGAAAACAACCCCUUCUCCACAGUUUUGAAUGGUCUUGCAGAACUCGUUUAUUGUCAAAGGGGCAAGUUCCCCCAACUUGCCCAAGUUCCCCCCCAAAAAUGCCUAAACGUGGCCUGCAGACAUAAGAAGACUAUU